GGAGCCAGCGGGCGCGAGCAGGCAGACACAGGGUGCUCGCGGACAAAAAAGCGAGGAAAAGUGGCACCGAGGAGGACUACAUGGUAAAGACGGCGAAGACGCAGCCUUCACGAUAGCCUUCUACAGCGGAAUGUUUUCCCGAAGGGGCCAUGGGGACGUCAAGAAAUCUACACAGAAAGUUCUGGACCCGAAGAAGGACGUGUUGACCCGGCUGAAGCACCUGCGCGCGCUCAUAGACAUCCUUGAGAAGAGUGAACUCAAGCCGUUCUUCGAAGCCCACUACUCUCAGAUUUAUUUUAUCUUCUAUGAAAAUUUCAUGACACUGGAAAGUAACUUAAAACAAAAAGGGAACAAAUCUCAGAGGGAGGAGCUGGACUCCAUUCUCUUUAUAUUUGAGAAAAUUCUUCAGCUGCUUCCUGAGAAAAUUUACCACAGAUGGCAGUUCCACAGUAUAGGUUCUAAUUUGAAGAAGCUUCUGCACACUGGCAACUCUUUCAAGGUGCGGAGUGAGGGCAUCCGCCUCUUCCUGCUGUGGCUGCAGGCUCUGCAGAACCACUGCUCUGAGGAGCAGUAUCUCAUCUUUGCCUGCCUGGUGCCUGGCUUUCCUGCUGUUCCCUCAUCCCAUGGGCCCUGCACCCUGGACACUAUCAUCUACAACCCCCACUGCAAUCCUCCUGAUGCCAGGGUAGUCCCUGAGGAAAUCACACCCCUAGUGCCAGCCGUGACCGGAGAAAAAGUGGCUGAUGACCCAACCUGCUACAUCCUACAGACCCUCCUCAAGUUCAUGGUGCUACAGGCGUCCAGCUUGGAAUGGAGGAACAAAGAGAACCAGGACACAGGGUUCCGCUUCCUGUUCACUCUCUUCCGGAAGUACUAUCUUCCUCACCUGUUCCCCUCCUUCACCAAGCUCACGGAUCUGUACAAGCCUCUGCUUGAUCUCCCUCACCUCAGACCAAAGCCCCUCUAUGUCCCAGUGUCACGCAACAAUGAGAGCACAUUCUGCACCCGGGACCAGUACCUGGCCCCCCGUGUGGCCUUCAUCACCUGGCUGGUCACCUUCUUCCUGGAGAAGAAGUACAUCAGCUCGGCUGCACCUGCUGCCAAGAAUGGGGUGGAAGUCCUUCCCAAAAUCAUCCAGACUGUAACUGCAGGCAGUACCAGUCAAGAGAAGGAGAAGGGGGCAGAGCCAGAGCAGAAUGGCCCCAUGGAGCAGGAAAAGAACCACUCCAACAGCAGCACGUUGUCAGACCGGCGGCCCAGCAACUCCAGCCUGUGCAGCAUAGAGGAGGAGCACCGCAGUGUCUACGACAUGGUCCACUGCAUCCUACUGUCCACGCGAGAUAAUGUCAACUUUGUCAACGAGGUGUUUCACCAGGCUUUUCUUCUACCAUCCUGUGAAGCGUCAACAAUCCGGAAGGUAAUUAAGGUGUACAGGAAGUGGAUCCUGCAAGAGAAGCCAAUAUUCAUGGUUGAACCAGAGAAGAGCAGCCAGGAAGAGGAGGCUGAUGAUGAGUCAGAGCAGCUGUCCACAGAGACUGACAGCAGGCAUGUGCAGUCUCUGGAGAACCACGGACACAAGCGUUCAUCCAGCUGGGGGCGCACAUACUCCUUCAGCAGUGCCAUCAGCCGUGGCUGUCUCACCGCGGAGCCCAACUGCAAUGUAAAGGCUGGCAUCCAGCACACCCUCCAGGUGUUCUUGACCAACUCGGCUAAUGUGUUUCUGCUGGAGCCUUGCUACGACGUCCCCAAGCUGCUAGAGAACCAGGUGGAGGUGUGCAAGUCCGUAUUGAACAUCUACCGGCGCAUGAUCAUGGAGCACGCCAUGAACAGAAGAACCUGGGAGCAGAUGCUUCAGGUGCUGCUGCGUGUCACAGAGGCCAUAAUGAAGCGCGCAGUGGAAGGCCACAGGAAGGACACAUUCGCUGAGAGCUUGGCGUCACUGCUCUUCCGGACCAUCAUAGUAGCGUGGGUGCGGGCCAAUCUCAGCGUAUUCAUCUCCCGUGAGCUCUGGGACGACCUGCUCGCCGUGCUGUCUUCGCUCACCGACCGGGAGGAGCUGGUGAGCGAGUGGGCCAGCAUCAUGGACUCUCUGACAGCCGUACUUGCCCGCUCCGUCUACGGCCUGGACCUGGGCAACCUGCCGCUCGACAAGCUCAGCGAGCAAAAGGAGAAGAGGCAAAGGGGCCGAGGUGUGAUGCAGGAUCACCAGAAAUCCACCGCCGUGGGCCGUUCGUUCUCGCUGAGCUGGAGGAACCAGGAGGAGCAGGGUGUCCAGGAGCCCAUGAGGUUCCGCAGUGCCACCACGUCCGGCGCGCCCGGCGUGGAGAAGGCUCGCAACAGCGUCCGGCAGAAGGCCACAGAUGUGGAAGAGGGCCAGCUAUCGGAAGGUGGUGGCGACGGGGGAGACGGGGAUAGCCCCCUGCCCCGCAGCAGCAGUGUGUCGGACAUCACGCAACAGACACCGGAUGGCUUCCAUGGCCCCCCCUGUCUGACAGAGGAAUGUUCAUCAACUGCCAAUGAUUUGGACAGCAGGACGUCACUGUCUGAAGGUUGCAGUGGUGUGAGGAAGGAAGGCGAGCCCCCUGUGAUUCUGGUAAGGCGGAGCAGCAGUCCACCUGAGCUAGAGUACGGAGCAGGAGACAGACACAUGGGAGGGAGAACCAAGAUCCGGGAGAAAAGCGAAAGCAUCAGCAGCGAGACAUCCAACGGCUACCUCAACGAUGCCGAUGUCAGCCUGCUGUCCUGGCAGACCUUUGAGGGGGAGCAGGACUCCCAGUCAGCACAACAUGGCAUUGUGGACCCAGAUUCUCAGCGGAGCCUCACACUGAGCCACACAGAGGCAUUGGCAGGUUCUGAGUGUGCCUUUCCUCCCCAGUCUGCACCCCUGUCCCACCCCCAGUGCCCUCCGGCCUCGCCAGCUUUGCUGGUGCACCCUGAGUGCCCCCCCCUUCUGGACGACACCGUGCAUCAGUCUGUGUUGCACAUGCCUGAGGACCUGGACAGCAGUGAGUACCUUGCCGAUGACAUCAGCAUCAUUGCCGGGGGCAGCCUCACGGGCUGGCACCCCGACUCUGCCGCUGUACUCUGGAGGAGGAUCCUGGGAAUACUGGGAGAUGUCAACAGCAUCCGCAACCCCAAGAUCCACGCCAGGGUGUUCAUGUACCUGCACGAGCUGUGGCACAAGCUUGCCAAGAUCAGAGACAACCUGGGAAUCAGCAUGGAUAAUCAGUCCUCUCCCCCUCGGCCCGUCCUCAUCCCCCCCUUGAGGAUGCUUGCUUCCUGGCUCUUCAAGGCCACCAUGCUGCCAGCGGAGUUCAAGGCGGGAAAGCUGCAAGCCUACCGGCUCAUCUGUGAGAUGAUGACCAAACACCAGGAUGUCCUGCCCAACAGUGACUUCCUGGUGCACUUUUACCAUGUUAUACACCAAGGCCUCAACAGUGAGGAGCAGGAUGUCCUGAACACUGUUAUCCGACACUGUUCGCCCCGUUUCUUCUCCCUCGGCCUUCCCGGCUUCACCAUGCUGGUGGGGGACUUCAUCACGGCCGCUGCCAGGGUCCUCGGCUCCGACGUCUCCGAGGCCCCUCGGAUCGAAGCACAGACUGUCCUCGGAUCGCUUGUCUGCUUCCCCAACCUGUACAUGCAGAUGCCUUUGCUUCAAACCAUUCCUGGAACUGCUGACAUCAUCGUGAGCAACGAGGACAUAAAGGAUUAUCUGGUCAACAUUCUGCUGCAAACAACACGCACUGAGACUUGUGAAGAGGCCAGGUGUAUUGCCAUCUGUAGCCUCGGGAUCUGGAUCUGCGAAGAGCUCGUCCAGCAGACCAAUCACCCGCAUGUUAAGGACGCGAUUAAUGUGCUUGGUGUAACACUAAAGUUCGGCAACAAGGUGGUGUCCCACGUAGCAUGUGACCUGUUCCAGCUGCUCGUCUACCACUGGCAGCAUCUGGAGAAGUACGAGCGAUCCCUUCCAAAGAAGAUAACCGAGAUUUUUGUGGCCACCAUAGCAUUCCUUUUGCCGAGCGCAGAGCACUCAACGGUGGAGGCUGACAAAAAGCUAAUGGUCUCGCUGCUCCUGUGCCUGCUGGACUGGUGUAUGGCGCUGCCUCUGAGCACGCUGCUGGAGCCCAUCUCGAUACCACUGCUGGACGACCCCUCGUCCCACAACACCCCUCUGCUCGACUACAUCUACAGGGUGCUGCACUGCUGCGUCUCCGGCUCCAACCUCCACACCCAGCAGAGCCACUACCUCCUCAGCCUGGCGGACCUUUCCUCCUCUGACUACGACCCCUUCUUGAACCUGGGCAGCGUGCGGAGCUCUGAGCCGCCACCCGCGCAAACCGCCACCGACUUCAGCAACCUGCUCACUGUGGCAGAGGAGAAGAAGAGGCGGAACAUGGAGCUCAUCCCGCUGACUGCCAGGAUGGUCAUGACACAUCUUGUAAACCACUUGGGCCACCAUCCCCUGAGCGGUGGCCCCGCCCUACUACACAGCCUGGUCAGCGAGAACCACGACAACCCUUAUGUGGAGUCUUCGGAGCUCUCCUCGGAGGUCUUCAAGAGCCCCAACCUGCAGCUCUUUGUCUUCAACGACAGCACCCUGGUAUCCUACCUGCAGGUGCCACCGGAGCCUACGGCAGUGGGCCAGUCCAGCCCAGUCCCGUCCCAGGUACGGGUCAUCGUACGGGACAUCUCUGGGAAGUACUCCUGGGAUGGUGGGGUCCUCCACAGGGUCCUGGAUGGACUUUCUCCAGAUCAGCCCCAAGGCUACCAGGUAGCAGACAUACUCAGGACGGCGCCUGUGUCACUGCAUCAGACACACGGGGAGGAGGCAGAGGACGGGGAGGAUGUGCUAGAUGAGCUUCUGGAGAGCUUGGGACAGAGCAGCCCCGAGUGCCUGCAACAGCCGCAGCCCACGCUCAACCAGCCCGCCCCCUCACCCUGCGGCAUGACUCUGGAGCAGGAGAACGCCAUCGUGGAGGCCAUCCUGCGACAGACUGCCCUGGAGGAGGAGCACGUGUGCAAGUGGAGCAGCAGCCCAAGCGUGAGGGCCGCCUGCCAGCGCGAGCCAGCCCAGGAGCCCGGGGCCCCCUUCUAUUUCUGCAGGUUAUUGCUCAAUGACCUGGGCAUGAACUCCUGGGAGCGCAGAAAAAGCUUUCAUCUCCUAAAGAAGAACUCCAAACUGUUACGGGAACUCAAAAAUCUGGAUUCCAGGCAGUGCAGAGAGACGCACAAGAUUGCAGUUUUCUACAUCGCUGAUGGACAGGAGGACAAGUGCUCCAUCCUGUCCAACACAGAGGGGAGCCAGGCCUACGAGGACUUUGUAUCGGGCCUCGGAUGGGAGGUGGAUCUGGCAACGCAUUGUGGUUUCAUGGGGGGUCUGCAGCGGAAUGGGAGCACAGGGCUGACUGCCCCUUACUAUGCCACCUCCACUGUGGAGGUCAUCUUCCACGUCUCCACGCGGAUGCCCUCCGACUCUGGCGACUCCCUUACCAAAAAGCUGCGUCACCUAGGCAACGAUGAGGUACACAUUGUCUGGUCGGAACACACCAGGGACUACCGGCGGGGCAUCAUCCCCACCGACUUUGGGGACGUGCUGAUCAUCAUAUACCCUAUGAAGAACCACAUGUUUUACGUCCAGAUCAUGAAGAAGCCACAGGUCCCGUUCUUCGGCCCCCUGUUUAAUGGCGCCAUUGUCACAGGAACGCUGCUGCCCAGCCUGGUCCGUGCCACCUGUGUCAACGCCAGCAGAGCUGUGAAGUCCCGCUUGACACUCUACCAGAGUUUCUAUGAGGAACGGGCGCUCUACCUGGAGGCCAUAGUCCAGAACCACAAAGAGGUCAUGACCUUCGAGGACUUUGCCUCCCAAGUCUUCUCCCCAUCCCCAAGCUACUACACCCUCAGUGGGACAGGGUCCCUCAGCGGCAGCGCAAGUGCUGAGCUCACCGUUGCCUUAGGAACGGACUCCACAGACCAGGUCUCUCCCACCAUGCCCCGCGCCACCAGGAGCAGAGUUUCCGGCAAACUCCGCCGCUCAGCCAGCGCCAUCAGCAAAUCUUCCACCUGAACUUUCUUCUUGCGACCUGUCGCCCUCUUUCCUUUCCGCGCCGUCGCCAGGGACUCGCUCCGAAUCCUUACGCCGUCUCGACUGCAGUGUUUGUUCUUCACUUUCUCCCGUAGAUCAGUGAACACAGGCAAUAUUUAAGUUUAAAAAGUUUAUUUAUGUUACGACAUUUCCGUGUUCUUUUGAACGUUCUGUCAAUUUAGCUGGGUAGCACUGUGAGAGUUCCUUAAUUUUUUUUUGUCCUCAGUUCUUGAAUUUAAAUGUUGUGGAAUUGGACAUCUUUAGGAUUUCGACGGAACAAGGUGUGUCACCCUUGUCACUCUAAGGAACACUCAGGGCACUGAGUAAAAUGUGUAAUAAUUUAAAUGAAUUCUUUGCCAAUGGUUUAAUAUUGAAAUGUGUUUCUUUGCUGUACCUGAUUCUCAGUGUGAUGAAAGUGUAACUUGAAUUGGUUCCCAGGCCGUGUCUGGUGGAGCAGGCUGAUGGUGGGUGACGGCUCUUUGGAAAACACUAGAAGGUUAUGGGACCUCACAGAUGUUGUGCACUAUGAGUGAUUUCAUCUCAUUCCUUGGCAUUUCAGACUGGAAACCCCAAGUGGGCUGCUAAAACAAAAAGAAAAAGCUACUACACAGCGUGUUGAACACUCUUACGUUCAGGUGGAAACAGAAGUGAAAGUGAGAGCCUCGGAGCAGGAAGCACGUCAACUUUUUAUACCUCCUAAAAGCAUUGCUUUUUAAAUGUUAGUCGCUGGAAGGUGAAGGAUUUUUUUUUUUUUUUUGGCCCCCAACCAUUGGGGAGGAAGGACCAUGUCAGAGAGAACCUUCUGGGUGCUGGUUGCUCUCGCCUCAAACCUUCUGCAACACCUGACUCCUUAAUGUUGAAAGAUUACAUUUUAAAUUGGAAGUGAGAAAUCC